GUGCGUUCCCAAACAUUAUUAUCUUCAAACAAUCCUCUUAAUCUAGCAGCCUCAGCAAAAGUUAAACAUGCAUGACCAUUAACAGUUAAAAGAUCUUCGGGUGUGCCAGGAAAAUGUUUAGUUAAAAUGUAUAAAGCAAAUUUUUCCGGAUCCCUUGGUGACACAGAAAAAAUUCUCCCGAUACGGGGUUUGCGGUUUUUAUUUUUUUCAUUAAUAUUCAACUUCUUCCAAACCUUAUCUUUCUUAUUAAACGCGUACGUUUCGGGCAUGUUUUCAAAAAGUAUAUUUCUAACAGCAGAGUCCUUAUCACAUAACUUCCAAUAGGCAGAAAGAGGUGAAUCAGGUAUAUUACCCGAAUUAAUAGCACUA